GCAAUUAAGAUUCACAUGCAUCGUCUCACAAUAUCACCGCUGUAAUAGUUUCUUUCCCUUUCAAACCUCACAAGAAAACCGCCUAAAAACCUACUUUUAUCCUCCUUUCCUUUCCCUACUUCAACAUUGUUCUUUCUUUCUCCUUCUCACAGUAAGCAUUACUCAUGGCUGCUAGAGAUCAUGAACCAGAAGAAAGCAAUGAAAAAGUUCAAUACCCACUUGAUCCAAAGGCCUACAAGACUCUUGACGAAAUCGGAGUUGGAGUUAGUGCUGUUGUCUAUAAAGCUAUAUGUGUGCCUCUGGACUCAACUCUAGUGGCAAUUAAGGCCAUUGAUCUUGAUCAAUCUCGAGCUGAUCUUGAAAAAGUUCGAUGUGAAAUCAAGACCAUGUCUCUUUUAUCCCACCCGAAUAUUCUCCGGGCACACUGUUCUUUCAACGUCGGUUGCCGUUUAUGGGUUGUUAUGCCCUUCAUGUCUUGUGGCUCCUUGCAGUCGAUAAUAUCUUCAUCUUUUCCUGAUGGAUUGCCAGAACCCUGCAUUGCAGUGCUCCUUAAAGAAACUCUGCACGCUUUGUCUUAUCUUCACAACCAAGGCCACUUACAUAGAGAUGUGAAGGGUGGUAAUAUUCUGAUUGACUCUAAUGGCUCUGUUAAGCUUGCUGACUUUGGCGUGUCGGCAUCUAUUUACGAGACGAAUACUGCGCCGGGGUGGGGGAAAUCAACUUCAUCCUCGCCGUUGAUGCUCACUGACGUGGCGGGAACGCCGUACUGGAUGGCACCGGAGGUGAUACACUCUCAUACUGGGUACAGUUUGAAGGCAGAUAUUUGGUCUUUUGGUAUUACUGCUCUUGAACUGGCUCAUGGGAGGCCUCCUCUAUCUCAUCUCCCUCCUUCUAAAUCGCUGCUCAUGAAGAUAACCAAGCGCUUUCGGUUCUCUGAUUAUGAGAAAACCAACGAGAACUUCAAGGGCAAGAAGUUCUCCAAGGCUUUCAAAGAUAUGGUUGCUUCUUGUCUUCAUCAAGAUCCGUCAAACAGACCCUCCGCAGAGAAGCUUUUGAAGCAUUCUUUUUUCAAGGACUGCAAGGGUGCAGAUUUUAUCGUAAAAAACUUGCUGCAUGGUCUUCCUAGCGUUGAAGAAAGGUUCAAAGAAAGCAAAAAUUUGCAGAAGAAUGAUGAUUAUGAUGAAGGUGAAGAUACUGAGACUGAAUUAGUGAAACAAAGAAGGAUUAGUGGGUGGAACUUCGAUGAAGAAGGAUUCCAGAUGGAGCCGGUGUUCCCAACUGAAAUCAAAGAUGACACCGUUGUGAAGCAAGUUCGGUUUGGCGGUGAAACCAUUAUCCCUGAUAGUAAAUCAAGUGAGUCAGACAAUUCGGGUCAAUCAAACUUGAGUUCACCAGGGCGACCACAUGGAGAGGAGACCCAACUGGGUAUUCAUGGAGAAAGUGAAGGUGGCAAAGUAGGAUGUGGUGAAGUUGACAGAGAGAGGAUGGUUGGGAGGUUGGUGGCGCUAAGAAGAAGCUUGGAUGAGCAGAGGCAACAGGUGUCUAAUAUGCUUGUUCUGUUAGGUGGGGAAGGAAGCAGAGAGGACCAGUUGGUGCAGUCCAAUGAUAGGUUGAGAAUGGAAUUGGAGGCUGAGAAGCAGAAGAACUUUGAAUUGGAGAUGGAAUUGGAGUUCCUCAAACUUCAGAUUUCUGGUACAUAUAAUACUGGAGGUACUGACUCAUAGGUGCCUUUGUCAAAUAAGUGUUUUAGUAUUAUAAGAAGUGGGCAUUUCUCAUGUAUAACUUGAAAAUGUUCUGUUUCCCAAAUGCUAAUGUCUAUCAUAUACUCUUCUUUGUUAUUUUCUAGUAAUAAAUUCUUACAUUAUUUGGUA